AUGGUCAGCGCCAUGGCUCAUUUGCAGGAACAGACAUCACUAUGGUGGCCCGAAGAACGAAUCAAGGCCACCCUCGACGCCAAGUAUAUCGUCAGCCGCCUGCAGCCGGAGAAUAUCCCGCGGCUCUUCGAACUCCCGGACUGGGGAGAAGGCUUGACCAGUGAAACAUACAUGGAGUGGAUCCUGCUCAAAGCCGGUCGUGUCUUCCUGAUUCUCGAUGCGAUCGGCAUCCCCGAUCGCAUCUUCGCGCUAGUCAACGAAUCGUGCGACGACGACGAUCUGCCUAUCGCCGAGCAUAGCAUUGAUCUAUUGCAUCUGUCACCGUACGGGGAGGAUCUCGCGCUCGAUACCCGUUUCUUCCAUGCACAAUGGCGGUAUUUGGUCCGUGGAAUUGCCGAGGGGGAGCACAUCGUCUAUACCGAGAAUGAGGGCGUCCCGGUUGAGGCAGUACGCACCAACACUGGCAGUGGUGUUCACGGCCGAGAUGAUACAGUCGACCGCGUGGUUCUCGCCGGCUCCCGUUGCCGGGUCUAUAUGCGGACUCAGGUCCAGGUCGGCGGCGCGCCCCAUUUCUUCUCGGCGGAUGAGGUUCUUGCUGAAAUUCGCAAGCUGCGGAAGUUGUCCCAUGAGCAUCUCAUCUCCGUGUAUGGUUCAUACCUCAAGGAGGAUAACGUGUGCAUCCUCUUCACCGGCGCAACGGCGGAGCGAAGCCUUCACAGUUUCCUCACGGAUGAGCCGCUCCCCUUCAAGCGCCUGCUGAAAGAACAACGCCGUCAGAUCUUGAUUACCUGGCCACACUGUCUGGCAUCAGCUGUAUCCUGGCUCCAUGCCCGGGGUCACUCCCACGGCGCAAUCAGGCCUUCCAACAUCUUCAUCGAUGCCGACUUCCACAUCUGUCUUGGUCAGUUCCAAGCCCUCGACUCACUCCUCGCACCACCUCAUGUCAACGACCUGGAGGCGUACAACUACUCAGCGCCAGAGCGAUGGACUCGCGUCCCAGCACCAAUUGCACCACCAAAGCCCCAACCAGUGCAAACAAUACAAGCAUCCGGAGGCCGCACAAAACGCAGACAGAAGCCAGCACGUCUGGCCCUGGCGCCGUUGAGUGAAAGCCCGCGUUCAUCUCCAGACCAUACACGACCAGACUCAGCCGCCUCAAAAGGCACAGUCAUCCGCAUAGGUCUCCCAGGGUCACCAUCGCGAUUUUCCAUAGCCUUCUCGUCAUCCUCAUCAUCGACAGCCUCAACAGCCUCGUCUGGCUGCAGGAAUCCCACAACCCCUGACACAAAGAAACACCGCAUCUCAUCUCUCUGGUCACGUCGCAAUGCACCCCCAUCAAUCAACUCAUCCUCAUCUUGUACAUCAGCAUCAACAUCCACAUCCAAAUCAACAUCCAUCCCAUCUCCAUCAUCCCUCCACCCACAAAGCCCCCUCAGUCCCACAAACACCAACACCAACAGCCUUUCCCCAAACACCAUCCCCCUCCGACACUCCAUCUCCGCCCAAUCCCUCACAAGCUUCUCAUCCUUCCGAUCCAAAUCAACACCCACCCCCAGUCCAGGCCCCAUCCCCGAAAACCAAAUCCCCACACCUCACCCAUCCACAUCCCCAGCAGACCUCUUCUCCCUCGCAGCCAUAACGCUAGACAUCCUAACAACCCUCCACAAACGCAGCCUGCAAUCCUUCGCGACACACCGCAGCGCCCGCAACAGAUCCGCCGGCCGGGGCGGUGGAAUCGCAGAUGCGAGUUUCCACCUCUCCCGUAAUGCGGUGCAGGUGCAGAGCUGGAUUGCGUUGCUGGAGGGUGAUGCGUUGAAGAGGUGUCGGAGGGAUAGGAGGUCUGAUGCGGUGUUUUGGGCUGUGCCUAGGAUUUUGAUUGCGGUUAGGGCUAUGCUUGAUGGUGAGGCUGGGAAGAGGCCGCUUGCCAGACGGGUGAGGAGGUGUUUUGCUUCGGCUGUUGAGAGGGGUGGGGGGAAGGGUGUUUUGGGGCUUCAUUGUGUGAAGAAGGGUGGUGAGAAGGUGAAUGGGGUGGAAGGUGGUGGAAAUGGAAAUAGUGAUGUUGGUGUGUCUGUUGUUCCGUCGGAGUCGGCUUCGGAGUUUGAUUUUGGUUUUGGGGAUGCCAGUGGGAGUGAGAGUCAUGUUGAGGAUGAUGAACAUAUGGAUGAGGAAUCCAACGUGGAUGAUUAUAUUCAAGAGGAAGAUGAGGAAGUGGUUGUGGAUAUGGGGGUUCAGGAUGAUGGGGUACAAACGGAGAGUGAGGAUGAACACUAUGAAUCCGAGUAUGAAUCCGAACCCGACAUACGGGUCCAACAGGAUUCGCCUCAGAUUUAUUUGCCGGAGUUGGAUGUGAAUAUCACGGGCAUUGAGGGGCUGACGUUUAAUGAUUUCAAUCGCUGA